UGGAGUACUCUGGUUGGCUGCAGGUAGGGUGGGCGGGGCCUGCUUCCGCGGGGAGGAGUGGGGCUGUGGUGAACUGGUGUCCCCGCUGAGUCCCGCUGGAGGGAGGAUCAUGAAAGCACAUGCGAGGCUGCCCCUGAUCCUGCCGAGGGCACUACCGUUCCUGCUGCUGCUGCUGGCUGUGCGCGGGCCAGCGGAAGACGUGCCUACCUACCCGUGGUGGGAUGUGGCCACGCGGGUGGGCCGGUACUGCAACGUGGUCUGCGGGGAGCACGAGGAGGAGGCGCGGCCCUGCUCCGGCGUCCACAACAGGGCCUGCCGCUGCCGCCCAGGCUUCUUCGAGCUCGCGGGCUUCUGCCUGGAGCACACGCCCUGCCUGCCUGGCUAUGGAGUGGUUGCCCUUGGCACCCCCACCCAGGACACACAGUGCCAGCAAUGUCCCCCAGGCACCUUCUCGGCCAACAGCUCCAGCUCAGAGCAGUGCCAGCCCCACCGCAACUGCACGGCCCUGGGCCUGGUCCUCAACGUGCCGGGCACCCCCUUCCAUGACGCCAUGUGCACCAGCUGCACAGGCCCUCCACUCAGCCCUCCAGAGCCGGGGGGUGCAGGUGACUGGAGGGGGACAGGGACGGAGGAGUGUGAGCGCGCCCUUGUGGACUUCGUGGCUUUCCAGAACGUCUCCUUCAGGAGACUCCUGCAGCUGCAGCAGGCCCUCUCGGGUCCGGGGGCAUGGACUCCCCGUCGGCCCUGGGAGGACCGCAUGUCCUUGCAGCAGACGCUGCAGAGGCAACUCAUGAAGCUCCGCGAGGCCCGGCCAGGGGCGUUGGUGGCGGGGCUGCUGCAGGCCCUGCACACAGCCAGGCUGCCGGGGGUGGAGCGCACUAUCCGAAAGCGCUUCUUCCUGGCCAGCUGAGCCCCGUAUUUAUUCUACUGGCCGGGCAUCAAGUGUAGUUUUUAUAAAACCCUUCUGUAAAAUCGA